ACAAAACAGUCUAUUUUAAUUUUAUUAUCAUUUCAACCCAAAGAACAACCAGCCAGCUACCAAUCAAGCUCUCAAAGCUUUUGUAAGAUAGAGAGAAAGAGAGAAAAGGCAAAAACGAUGUCGUUUGAGGAGACAGAGCUGAGGCUAGGGUUGCCUGGAAAUAAUAAUGGAAAGUCAGAAAUGACAAGGAAGAGAGGGUUUGAUCAUGAACAACAUGAAUACUCAGCCACUGAUCAAACAUUACUAACAAUGCCCCAUUUGAAGCUUGAUCUUGUUUCAUCUCAUCAUCCAAAUCACAACCCUCCAUCACCCAAGGGAGAAGUGGUGGGAUGGCCACCAAUAAGGUCAUAUAGAAAGAAGAGGUUGAGCCUUCAAAAGGGAAGCAAAGAGGAAGAAAGUGAUGAAGAAAAGAAAGUGGUGAAUAAGGUUAGGUUUGUGAAGGUUAGCCUUGAUGGUGCACCUUAUCUUCGUAAGGUUGACUUGAAUAUUUACAACAGCUACACUCAACUUUCCCAUGCCUUAGCCAAAUUCUUUGCUGCCUUCACCAUUGGUAACUGUGGAUCCCAAGCAGCUGGGAUGAAUGAAAGCAAACUAAUAGAUUUUUUGAAUGGUUCUGAUUAUGUUCCAACCUAUCAAGACAAAGAUGGUGAUUGGAUGCUUGUUGGUGAUGUUCCAUGGGAGAUGUUUGUUGAAUCUUGCAAGCGUGUACGCAUAAUGAAAGGAAAGGAAGCCAUUGGCCUUGCACCAAGGGCUGUAGAGAAGUGCAAGAACUACAAGAACUAACUUCACACCAUUGAUAUUUGCAAGGCAAAUUAAGAUGGUUAUGGUUUGAGGACAGAUUGGUUUUGGUGUUUCUAUAUUUUCACAAGUUAUGUAAAAUUUGGAUGUAGCUAAUGUGAGAUUAUUAAUUUGCAUAAAGAUAUAUAGUUAAUGUAUAAUAUCAAUAAUACAUAUAUCUUUGUAUUGUGAUUCUAUGUACACAUGCUUUUUUUUUUGUAAUUAUUAAAUUAUUUUGUGUU